CCGAGAGGAGACGAGGAGACCAUUUACACCGGCUUGCCGAGGAAACGCCGAAAAAAGGGACAACGCUAAAAUAUGGCAACGCAUACACGAUAAAGUCAUGACGCCGAACUGAAAGAAAAUAAAGCAUACAGGGAAAGCCAUAAGUGAACUCACAAUAGUGUCCUAAAUGGGGGACUACGGCUUUGGAGUUCUGGUGAAGAACGGCAGUGGUAAUAAAUCUGCUUUUCCUGUAAGGAUUCCUCCUCACCUUCAGCCCCAGAACCCUCACCACCCCUCAGCGCCCCCAAGCCCCCCUUCAUUUGUAAACAACACCUGCUCCACCAAUGGGGGCAGUGCCUGGCUCUUCCCUUCUGUAGCCCAGCACAGUAACAUGCAGGAUGAGAUUCUGGAGUCAGACAAGUCCAAGGUAUUAGAUCUCCAGGACAUGCAGGAGAAGUCUCAGGUCCAGCCUCAGACCCUGUCUCCAGGUGAACAGGAGCCUGGAGGAGGUCUAGAGAUUGAGGGAGCCCUUCCUGAAGAUGGCUCUCUGGAGAAGGGUUCCUUGGAGAGUAGCAGUGGGAAAGAGAAGCUGAGGAUGGAGUCCCCAGUGCUCAGCGGCUUCGACUACCAGGAUACCCUGGGAAUGGGUACAAGCUGUGCACAGUCCACUUCCUCCUCAUCUUCUCUGACCAGCUUCAACAACUGGUCCCCUGCUGUACCAUCCACCCAGUCUCCAGUAGUCGGAGAAGAUGUCGGAGGGUUCUUUGGUCCUGCUGGCUCCAAUGGCAAUGGAGGUCCACUACUGUUCCAGAACUUUUCUCAUCACGCUGGCCCUGGCUUCGGAGUAGGAGGUAGUUUCUCUCCACAGAUUGGACCAGUUUCCCAACACCACCCUCCCACACCUCAUCCCCAACACUACCACCCUCAUGGGCAAGGUGUUCCCCAGCAGCACCGACGUUCCCCAGCUAGUCCUCAUCAACCGCAGCCUUCCUUCCCUCCACAUCCCCAUCGUGGUGCGCCGUUCACACAGCUGCCCCACCUUGCUCCUACUCAGAACAAACCCCCCUCCCCUUGGGGAAGCUACCAGAACCCAUCCACUCCCACAUCCACCUCUUGGAGCCCGGGCGGCUAUGGCGGCUGGGGAGGCACACAGGGAGUUCGAGAUUACCGGCGGGGCUUAAGUGGAGGGAUGACGGGUCUUAACUCCAUCUCCCCACUGAAGAAGUCCUUCCCCAGCAACCAGGUUCCCUCACAGAAGUUUCCUAGAAAUACCUCUGGCAUCAAUCACAAGGGCUGGGUGGAGGACAGCGUGAGCCGCGGUGACAAUGUUUAUUCUUUCCAGGAGAGAACAAGGUCUUUCGAUGGUUUCAGUAUGCAAUCUCUGGAGAACUCCCUGAUUGACAUUAUGAGGGCUGAGCAGGAUUCCUUAAAAGCGAGAAGUUAUGGCAGAAGACGAGGGCAUUCGUCUCUGUUCCCCAUGGAAGAUGAGCGCCCGUUUGGGGAGGAUGAGUCAGGUGACCAGGGGCUUACUGGCCUCGGGUCGGCCCACUGUUUCCCUCUCCUCAAUGGUGAACGUGUGGAACGUUAUUCCCGCAAGGUGUUUGUUGGAGGUCUGCCCCCAGACAUAGAUGAAGAUGAAAUUACUGCAAGUUUUCGCCGGUUUGGUCAUUUAUUUGUCGACUGGCCCCACAAGGCAGAGAGCAAGUCUUAUUUUCCACCAAAAGGAUAUGCAUUCUUGCUGUUUCAAGAUGAGAGCUCUGUCCAGGCCCUGAUUGAUGCUUGCAUUCAAGAGGAUGGCAAGCUUUACCUGUGCGUCUCCAGCCCCACCAUCAAAGACAAGCCUGUCCAGAUCCGACCCUGGAACCUUAACGACAGUGACUUUGUAAUGGAUGGCUCUCAGCCACUGGACCCCAGGAAGACCAUCUUUGUAGGAGGAGUUCCUCGUCCCUUACGUGCAGUUGAGCUUGCCAUGAUCAUGGACCGUCUGUAUGGGGGAGUUUGUUACGCCGGGAUUGACACAGAUCCUGAACUUAAGUAUCCAAAAGGCGCAGGGAGAGUGGCUUUUUCCAAUCAGCAAAGCUACAUAGCAGCCAUUAGUGCCCGAUUUGUUCAACUGCAACACGGGGAGAUUGAUAAACGGGUGGAAGUGAAGCCAUAUGUCCUGGAUGACCAGCUGUGUGACGAAUGCCAGGGCACUCGUUGUGGGGGGAAGUUUGCUCCUUUCUUCUGCGCCAAUGUGACCUGUCUGCAGUACUACUGCGAGUACUGCUGGGCCGCCAUCCACUCUCGGGCCAGCCGCGAGUUCCACAAGCCGCUGGUGAAGGAGGGAGGCGACCGGCCGCGACACAUCUCCUUCCGCUGGAACUGAGGCGAGAGAGGGAGCCGGCGCAGGAUCGGGGGAGGGACUGAUCCGUUAGGGAGGGAGUAUGGGUUGUGAUAUGAAAAUAAAUGCACUUUUCUUUUAAGUUAAAAAAAAGAAUAAUUUAUUUUUUUAUUUUAUUUUUUUUUAAUUGGGCCUUCUAAAAGAAGCAAAUGCUAAGAAGAGUGAAAUCCCAUUUUUGUUUUGACUUUAAGUGUGCAUGAGCAUAUGGAUGCAUUAGAUUUAAAUUUAGAUGCUUCGUUUCUUUACUUGACUGUACUUUUUUGUUAUGGGCUGGCGAUACUGCUUACAUUUGUUAGUGACAUAAUUAAAUAAGGUUCAUUAUACGAGAAUCAGUAUAUGAACUAUGGAAGUUGGGUUUAAGAAGGGUGCAUUUCCUUUUUUCUUUUUAUUCUUUUUGUUUUUUGCUUGCAGGAUUGGAGAACAACUGUACCAUUUACCAAAGUUUGAGUGAAAAUGAUUGGAACUCUGUUUCAGAUGGAGUGAUUGAGUUUUUCAAACAACUUGUAUAGCAUCUGGCCACGUCACACAAAACAAAAUCUCCCCUCAGUUCGGCACACAUUUAGACUUGUUUGUUUGACAAGAGGUUUUUAGAUCUUGGUUUAAAAGUCAACACUUUGUAACCAGAAGGGGCAAACCAAAGACUGGCCUAAACACAUCGUCAAAAACAGUUUUUGAUCUGGGGGUUUUCAGGAUAAUGUCCUCUCGUUGUAUGACAGAGGAAAGGCUGGAGUUUGGGUUUGUGGAUUUCAGCUGAUAAAGACACAGCCCUCCGGGCUCAGGUAUUGGCAGUAGUAUUUAUUCACUUUAUAUCAUCAGGGAUAUUAGCACUGGAAGCUAACAUGCUAACGUAGUAGUAACUGAUGGGAAUGCACAGUCCAGUCUCCCUGAGCUGUCCUCAUGGUUUACCACUGCACGCUCUGCUGUGACUGGAGCUUCUAUGACAAGGGUUGAGGUUGGAUACGGUUGUAGCUAAAAUUUGCUGUCACAGAGAUAAAGAUAUUAUUUUAUACAUGGCCUGCUGAGUUUUGUACAGUGUUUUAUAGCUGAUUAUUUUGUCAUGAACAUAUAUACAUUUAUUAUGCACUACUUUUUCUAAAUAUUUUUUUCAAUAGUCAUUUUAGGCACAUUUUUCACAAAUGGGAGAACUCCUUUUGCAAUACCUCAUUUUUUUCACUUGUGAAAAAUAAUUUUGUACCUUUUGUUACUAAGAGAUCUGCAUUUAUGGUAAACUUAAUUUAAAAAUAAAUAUUAAUAUAAUUUUCAAUUAGCUUUUAUAUAUUUAAGUGCUGGUGAAUCUGAAAAUUGUCUGGUGCAUUAGUGUGAUUCUGUGGAUUAAAAAAAAAAAUUACUAAGUUUAAAAAAAAAAAAAAACUAAAUAAAAUAGGCUUUUUAUUAGCCGGUCAUAUACAGAUUCUCCUUGGUCCUAACAAACAUAAUUACCGGAUCAUAAGGCAUGGCAAGAUCUUUCUAAAAUGAUUUGAUAGUCUUGACAAUAUAAUCUGAUUUUGCUCCUAGAUGUAGUAAAUAAGGUUAUCAUAAGGUGUUUUUUUUUUUAUUUUUUGAAAUUUUAUUUCAAGCUUUGGUCAUGUGAAAUUUUCCCUUCUACCACUGGACUGGAUAUCAGCAGUUUGUAUAUUUAGAGCCUCUUUCUGGGACUGCCUGUAAGUUCUACUUAUUCUUGGCAUGCAUAAGAGUUAACAUGGCUAGUGAUAAUGCAGGACCUAAUGUAAUGCACUAGAUCUCUUUUGUCCCUUUUUCGUUAAAUUACCUUUUAUCUUUUUGAGAUUGCCUCUCUUGUAGCCUCUCCUUAGAUGAUGGAGUCUGCCUUCCUCACACAGUCAUGAAGUUUAUGCAAUAUACACCCUUGGCAACACUUUUUGGAUGUGUUUUGUAAUGUAGAGGACACUCAGUAGGAACUAGGUGAGGAGACUUGAUCACUUGACCCCAUUUGUGAUGUGGCAUGCUUUGGGACAUAACCUGAAUGUGAUUUAAUGUUGCAAGUUAACUUUGAGCCAUUAUGUGCAAUACUUAUUCUUUCCAUGAACAGUUCUCCGCAGUCUGAGUCCUUCAGUCCGUAUAAAUCAUGCAGUCUUCUUCACUUUUGUUUCCUGCUGUUCAUGCUGACGUCUGCAAAAAGGAAAAAAAAAAAAUAUGUGGAUUUAUUUUUUAAACAUUAGUUUUGUGCUUACUUAUUUUGCUACUACCAUGCUACUGUGAUUGAAGACAUUGUAUAUACUAGGUCGAUGAUGUAUUUAGCAUUUGCUAUAUUUUCAAUUGAAAUGUAAAACUAUUAUUUUGAUCAGAAUUUUUGGUUAUUUUUUGGGGUGACGUGUUUAACUUGUUGAUGUGUCUAGUUUUUCUAAUUGCUGUAAUGUGCUCCACGUUUUCACAUGAAAACAAUAUGUCUGUUUAGUAUUACUUGAUUGCAAAAUUUCAAUAGUUUUUAAUUGAAUGCUGGGAAGGUUGUAUUUAUUAACUUUUUUUUUUAUACCUGAUUUUGAUUUUUAUUAAGUCAUUUCACAUGUAUAUGUAAGUUCCAAUUUUUAUAUUUUCUUCCUGAUUAAUUUCCGCUCUAAUGCAGAAGUCAGUUUUUUAUAGUUGGUUUGUAGAAAUGAAGUAAAACAAAGAUCUAAUGUCUCAUUCAUUUGCUGCCAACUGUUUGUAACUGUAUGCAUACAUCUGAAGUAUUUGUAAUGUGAGAUGUUGAAUGAAUAAAACAGCUGUGAGGAAGAAAA